AUGAAUAACUCUACAAUGAACUUCACCUCACCUGAAGGCUCUACAAACUCCACUUCUGCGUUCAUCGGGAUAUUUGAUGUUGUGGAAUUGUGUGUUUACGGCUUUAAUUUGCUGUUUGGCCUUCCAACACACUCCUAUGUUUUAUGGCUUGUCAUCAUACGAUCUGGAAGCGGAGCUUCAUCAGAGUUCUUCAUCUUCAAUCUGUCUGUUUGUGAGAUUAUAAACUCUCUGAACAGUUUCAUCUACAUACUCUCAGUUUUCCUUGCAAGUCUCAGCAAAUUUGAAACUUUUUUAAUAGGAUUUACCAUCACCGGUCGUCCUCUGUUUCAGUGUCUGAUCUGUGUUGAGCGUUACCUGGCAGUGGUUCAUCCUGUAACCUUUCUAAAGUACAAACCUCUCAGAUAUAGAGUGAUCUGCUGCGCUGUGGCCUGGAUACUCACUUUUGGGUCCUGUUUGUGCUCCCUGUUCACUAUAUUUCCACAAACCACAGUGCAUGUUUGGUAUUUGACAGUGCAGCAUAAACUGGUUCUCUGCGUCCAGUUGUUUUGUCUUGUGGCUGUUCUCAGAGCUUUGAAGCAGUCAGGACCAGGAGAGAGAAAGAAAGAGGAAAACCACAUGAAGAGAAGAGCAUUUCAUCUGAUUCUAAUAACUACUGUAACCUCAGUUAUCCUAUAUGCUCCAUUUUCAAUCACUGCAUUAUUUACCAUUCUGUCAGGAAAGACAGUUAAGGUAUUCUGGGUAACUAGUUUGACUUUAUAUGUGCUAGCCAGUUUUGUUCAACCUGUUCUUUAUGUGCAGCGCACUGGAAAACUCUCUUGUCUCCGUGCUGCAUGA